CGCCAACGGCAUAGGUAAAUCAACCUUUCUUGAGUAAAGAGGUGGAUCCGUUUUUAUAUAUUUAACACUGGAAUUGAGUGUAAUUUUAAGUAGUUAUUUGGCCCGCUAAAGACUAAAAACACUGAAGAGAAAAGGAGUGUGGUGAAAUUUUUUUAAAUCAUUUUGAAAAACACCAUGAAACAUCUAAAGCUUUUCGGGGCUUUGGUGUUCAUUGUCGUAUUCUUCACGACGAUAGAGGCAGGAGGCACAACGGAACUUCUUCAAGAUGACGAUUUCGACAUCAACGACGCAAUUAAUCAUUACGAUCCCGUCAACUCCAGAGUGGCUCCUCCCCGCGUCGAGAGGCAGCUCCAGAUGAAUGACCCCGCCUAUCAACCGCGACAGUCGUACGAUUUGAAAAAAGAGGAAUUGGAUGAAAUCCGCAAAGAGAAAAUGUAUCCGUUUUACGACAAGGAUGCGGAGAGGAAAAACGGAGAUCUCGUCACCGAAAUCAACGACAACAGCGCUCAAGUUCAGAAACAACUCAACUUCUUGCUGCCUUUCUUUGGUUUCGGUUUUAAUUACACAUGGCUUUCCAUACACGGUUUCCUCGGUUUCAGCGACUCCAUGGGGUCGUCUCCGUUGCCACCAUUGCAGUUCCCAGUUCAAACUUGGCCAGCCGAUAACGAUCCGUCGUUUAUCAGUCCAUUUUACAGCCGCUGCCGUAUUGGUAGAAUGAAGGAGAGUGACCAAGAUAAAAGGGCAACUGGUGUAUAUUUCCGACUUGAGCGUGACUUGCCGGCUCGUUACGAUGAAGCAGGCGUCAAAAUGCGAGAGAGAAUCAAAUGGGACAUUCGCGAAGCCAUCGUCGGAGCAGAAAACUUCUUCCCAAAACACGCCAUAAUUGCAACGUGGAAAAACGUCAGUUUCGUGGGUGGAUUUAACGCGUUGGAAACUACAAACACCUUCCAGAUCGUCAUAGUGACUGAUGAAGUCCGUACUUAUGCCAUGUUUAAUUACGCUCAUCUCGGCUGGACAACGCACGCCGAAGCUGGAGGAGAUACCAAUAGUGGACAGGGAGGAGUUCCAGCAUUUGUUGGCUUCAACGCAGGAAACGGCACCAGAGCUUACGAAUAUAGGCCUUACUCGCAAGACAUGAGAAUUCGUGAUCUGACGUACAAGGGUUACGCUAAUCAAAUACCUGGCCGUCACGUCUUUCGUAUCGACGAACGCGUCAUCAGUGGCAACUGCUUUGAUGAUGAAACUGUUUACACGUCACAGCCUCUUGUGUUUGCCCCUGAAAGUGGCAACAUGAUGGGCGGUAUGAUGGUCAACGUGACAGGACCGUGUUUCAGCCCCGAUCGACGAAUCAUCUGUCGUUUUGAUACGCAAGAUGUCGUUGGAAAGUACAUCGAUCAGAAUCGAGCCGUUUGUAUUAUGCCCCGCGUCUAUGCCACCGGCUAUGUCGAUUUGACCAUCUCCAUCGACGGAGGCAACUUCAACUGGAAAGGACGUUUCUAUGUCGAAUCUCCUCAAACGGCCCCGGAGAUGGUCUGGUUUCAAACGGAAAACUUCCAGGAAUUGAGUCCGUCUGAGCUUCGACUGCGCUGGGACAAGACCAACUUGACGGUCGACGAAAGCGCCAAGGUCCGCAUCUCCGUCUGGGGUUACCGCGAAGACACGGUUACCCCCAAACUGGAGUACAUCGACAUGCUGCUAGACGGCGUGGUCAACAACGGCGACACCAAACUUUACCAUUCCGACUAUUUGAAUCGCGACAAUGGCCCUAGUCACCGUCAGUACACUUUCGGCUUCAUUCAAAUCAAUUUGACUACAUACGACCCCAAAGUUGGAAUGAGUCCAAUCUUGUGGAGCCGACCGAUUCCUCUUGGCUGGUACAUGAGUCCUCAAUGGAAGCGAUUCGACGGAGACAAAUGGGCUCACGAAAAGUGCAACAACUGGAUCGAUUACGACCGGCAGAUGCGGCCGUUCACUUACGAAUUGCCCAUCUGCCCCUGCAUGAUGCAUCAGGCCGCCUCUGACAAAGGGCGUUACGUCCCCGAUUUCGAGUGUGAUCGUUACGGCAACGCCAAGUGCGAGUACCAUCACGGCGCCAUUAUGUGCUACCGAUCAGGGCUCUCCAGUCGCGAUGGUGCCGGCCAGCAGUGUUGUUACGACAAAGAUGGUCUGCUCAUGAUGACGUCCGACAACAAGUGGGGUGGAAAUCCCGGCAGGUCACACAACUUGGGUUUGAUGCCUUGGAAUGAAGCCGGAAAAGUCCCCAGUCUUUCGCAUUGGCAAAUGGACGUUGUACCAUUUUACACCUGCUGUCUCUGGCAAGAUGAAAGUAGUGAGGACUGUGAAAUCUUCCGAUUCGAACGCCGAGCCUCGCAAGAUUGCGUCGGCUAUCAACCACCUGGCGCAGCUGCCGUUUUUGGAGAUCCUCACUUCUACACGUUUGACAACAUGACCUACACUUUUAACGGGAAAGGCGAAUUCGUACUAGUCCGAGCUGACACUGUCCGUCACAAGCUCGAUAUUCAGGCCCGUUUUGAAGCCAUUCCCAAUAACAUUUACGGCACUGCGCGUGCGACAGUUCUGACAGCAGUUGCCGCUCAGGAGAACACCUCAGUGGUCGUAGAAGUUCGUAUUCGUCCUUCUUACGCUCAAUGGCGGUAUCGUUUAGAUGUGAUUGUCGAUCAGCGUUACGUCUACUUUGAUACGUUCAGCCGACACGUCCAGAACUUCAAAGGUGUUACGGUCUAUACUCCUACGUCGAUCUUGAACCAAAGUCACGUGAUCAUCAUGUUCCAGUCAGGUGCCGGACUUGAAGUUGUCGAAAACAACCGCCAUAUGUCGGCCCGCGUCUACCUUCCUCUCAGUUACAUGAACCAAACUAGAGGACUUUUUGGCAAUUGGUCCACCGAUCUUUACGAUGAUUUCACGCUACCAGACGGCACUCCCGGCCCAUCACUUGACAUCAACAAUCUGGAAAGUCUUCACAAUUCAUUUGGAAUGAAAUGGGCUGUGGAUGACAAAUCCGAUCCGUACAAGGGCAAAAGUUUAUUUUACCACGAAAACGGUCGCUCGUCUAACUUUUUCUACGAUGCUACAUUCCAGCCCAUUUAUGAUGUCAAGCCUCUUUUACCAGUUAACUACACUAGCCUCAAUUCAACACAGAUCGAGCAAACCUGCGGUACCUCCUAUCAAUGUUAUUACGAUUACGCAGUCUCACUGAACCGACAGUAUGCCACUUAUGCCAAAUACUACCUGGACGAAAUCGUUAACAUCAAGUCUAAUAACCUGAAGAUAGUCAUUUCCUGUGGUGCAUUGCCGGCUCCUAAAAACGGCCGCAAAAGCACUUUUGCCUACACCCCUGGUACUUUUGUCAAGUUCGACUGCGAUCCCGGCUACGUUUUGACUGGAGAGGAUCGUCGCUGGUGUUACGCUUCGGCCGAAUGGAACUGGGCCCUAUGGGGAGACGCCCAAUGCAUACCCGAAAAGGAGUAUGCGGCCGAAAAGGCCGGCAUCAUCGCCGGUAUUGUGCUGGCUGUGCUGGUUCCGCUAAUGAUCCUGGCCUACUGCUGCUGCCGACGACAGCGCCGUAAUCACAAGAAAGGCUUGGAGAACAAGACUCUCAAAAUGUUGACCACCUCUCGCCAUUCGCUGAACGAGUCUGCCAGCCACGGUCCCGGCCCGACUACCGCUAAAAGCGCCCACGCUCACAUAGAACCUGAUUGGAAGAAAGCGGACGUGAGCAGUAGUCCGUUCAGCUCGGGAAUCGGCUCUGUGACUCACAUGGAUUUGGUUCGAUCUUCGCCGCCCGAUCAGGGAAUCAAAUCCGAUUCGACGGGGUCUUCGACGUUUGACCGGGCCAGCACCCACAGUCCCGUGAGUAGCAAUCUGAGCGGCAGUAAGGCCAGCCCCACCGAAAGCACGUCCAACAGCAGCCACGGAAGCCGGGACCGGGCAGCAUCAGUACACGCUCCGGCCAGCAUCGCCAGCAACGGGUCAAAGAACCGUCAGCGCUACGACGGCAUUUAUUACACGCACGAGCCCAUCAGAGGCGCCCCGGUCAUAGAUUUCAUAGACGACGACACCGAUGUCGAAAUUAACCACCGAAAUACCGAGGUGUAAAAAACCACGAAUCAAACUCAGCUGCAGCAAUCACUCCCCUAAUCAUGCCACACUUCUAAACCAAAGAAAUACAGAUGCGUAUUUUUCUAAAAAUCAAUUAAAAAACAAAAAUGAUAGCUAGUGAAAAAAAA